AGCAUCAGGCUCUGGGUUUUUGGAGAUGAGACUUUGCAAUAUCCGCCGGAAGUUAGAGGAAGGUCAGCGCCGUUACAGUAGACACAAGAGGAGCCGAGAUGUUAAUGAGAUGUCAAGUUCUGUGCAGGAUGAAGGGGACAGCAGUGACGUCAGAGAGUUCAUCAACCUGAUGAAAAGGCUGAGGCCUUCUGCAGAAAACAUUUCCUCAAUCAAAUCAGCGAUGCAGAAAACCUUCACUUGGCGCAGAUCGUGGAUAUCCAAACAUUCACCCACUAUGGAGGAAAUCUUGCAAGAGUAUCCACGCUUCUUGGAUAUACCAACACUGCUUGAUACAGAGUUUGGUAAAAUGCAUGAAGGAAAGGGGAACCUGUUCCUAAGGCGUUGGGAGGCCAGCAUCAUGCCAAAGCUGAAAGCUGUUGCUGCCAGCGAGAAGGGUGAUGUUGCAUCUCUUGUUGAAGGGAUGGAAGACCAGAGUGAUGAUGAGAAUUGCUACAUGAUUUUGGUCGUCCUUACUCUUCUCCUUCCACCAAUUGCAGCAAGCCGCUGUAGCGUCAAAUCUGCGAUUAAGCGACUUGUUGAUUUUGUACCGGCAGGAAGUACCAUUGCCUCCCUCUACAAUGCAUCCCAGGAUCCAGCACAGAGCACACAGCCACAACUAGUCUGCAUUGGUCAUCUAAGGGGAGGCUCACAGCAGUACGUCAUUCUGGGCAAGUCAGACAAGAAUUGCUAUCCCCUUGGAUGAAAGCCUGGCAUGUGCUGUGGACAAGCUCUUCAAGCUCUACUGGGUAUGCAAUUUGGCCUACCCAGCCCCGCUCAGCUCUGUGUUCUCGUUCUUCGAGUACAUUUAUGACUUACCCAUGUCAACAAACAGGAACUCAUUUCAAAAGUCAAGUCUAUUAAUUAGAUCCCACCAAAAUGUACAUUUGUCCAAGAUGUCAGUCAAGAUUCACACAGAUAAAGAAACUUACGUGGCAUCUUCGUGAAAUACAUGUAUUGUCAGAGUGAUUGGAGUUCACACUUACUUGCGGCCAAGAUGGUUGUCCAAGGACAUACCACAGCAUUAAUUAAUUUGCGAAACACCUUUCUAGAGAGCACCAAAUAACAGGUACCACUGUUGCUGAGCCUUCUCUUCAGACCAUCCCAACAUUUACCGAGUCCACAGGGACCAUCGACACAACUCUAGAGGAAAACAUAGCUGAGCCUUCUGAGGGUUUUAAACCUCUUUCUUCAAGUGACAGUGCAGCCUCAUUUGUGGCAAAAAUGUAUGCUGGGUCAAAUGUAACACUAAUGGAUGUAACAAGAACUGUAACUUGUGUUAAAGAACUUGUGGAAACAACCAUAGCUACAUUACAAAAUUCAGUGUCAUCCGUGUUCAACAAUAUGGGUGUACCACAUGAACAUGAACUUGUGCUACCACUAAUGGGACAGUUUGAAAGUGCCAAACAAAUGUUUGAUGACAUAGACACUCCUUUUAAAAUGAAUACACACUUUUCCGAAAAAUUUCA